CCCCCGCGGAUCUUCCUCCGAAACCUUUUAGGUUCUCUGGUUGUCGAAGAUCCGAAUUCCUGGAGAUUAUUUUCGAGGAUUUUCUGUUGCUGGUGGAUUAUCGAGAUUCGAGAAAUGUCGGAGUCGGAUUCUGGAGAUUCUUCUAAAUCUGCUGUACAAAAGAGAGGGAUAUACGAUAUCACCAAUGUGUUAGAAGGAAGAAGUUUGGUAAAGAAUACGCUCAAGAACAGGAUUCAGUGGAAGGGUCUUGAUGUAUCAAAACCAGCGGAAACAAUCAAAAACAUAGCUAACCUACAGGAUGAAAUACAAAACCUCACAGCUGAGGAGGAAAAAUUAGACGACCAAAUCAGAGAAUCGCAAGAAAGAUUAACAAGCUUAAGCGAGGAUGAAAACAAUAAAAGGUAUCUGUUUGUUACUGAAGACGACAUUAAGAACCUACCAUGCUUCCAGAAGAAAACGCUGAUAGCUGUCAAGGCACCGCAUGGAACAACUCUUGAGGUGCCAGAUCCUGAUGAGGCUGCUGGUAGCCCUCCAAAGUGUCUGGAGAACGAUCCAAAAGGGGGUUCAAAGCACAGUGAGAACUCCAUUCAAGGUUCAAUGGGUCAUGAGACGCCACAAAAGGGUACUCCUGAUUGUUCUGAAGCUCAAACAAAGCUUCCUAGUAUGGCAACUGAGGAAAAGCAUGGAGGUCGUACGGGUGCUAAUAGACAGGUUGAUGGCGAGGGACUUGAUGAAUCAAAAGGAACCGAGAACAGAGUUUCGUCUGGAGAUGAAGCAAGAGAGUGCCAUAAAAAGACAGAAUCACCUGCGUCACAGAUACCUUUGGAGUUACUCGUGGAUGAGAUCCUUGAGAGAUUGCCAUUUGAGAUUCGAGAAAUGUCUCAGCAGGAUUCUCGAGAUUCGUUUGAAUCUGCUCUGAAGCGCAAGACAGAUAUGGUAAACCAGAUAGAUGAGCCCAAUGAAUUGAAUAGCGGUGUUCUCCAAACACUUGUAUCAGGGAAAGGAGGGAAGGCCAAUAUAUUGUAUAGGUCAGUGAAGUCUAAUGAAACUGGAACGCAAGCUUCUGGUUCUAAUGCAGGUUUUCCUGGACAUAACUUUGCGCAGGCUGGUACUUGUCGGUAUGAUAGUUCUCUAGGUCUUUUGACAAAGAAAGCCAUCAAUUUGAUAAAAGAAGCAGAGGAUGGUAUCCUUGAUCUAAAUAAAGCAGCUGACACUUUAGAGGUUGAUGGCGAGGGACUUGAUGCAUCAAAAGGAACCGAGAACAGAGUUUCGUCUGGAGAUGAAGCAAGAGAGUGCCGUAAAAAGACAGAAUCACCUGCGUCACAGAUACCUUUGGAGUUACUCGUGGAUGAGAUCCUUGAGAGAUUGCCAUUUGAGAUUCGAGAAAUGUCUCAGCAGGAUUCUCGAGAUUCGUUUGAAUCUGCUCUGAAGCGCAAGACAGAUAUGGUAAACCAGAUAGAUGAGCCCAAUGAAUUGAAUAGCGGUGUUCUCCAAACACUUGUAUCAGGGAAAGGAGGGAAGGCCAAUAUAUUGUAUAGGUCAGUGAAGUCUAAUGAAACUGGAACGCAAGCUUCUGGUUCUAAUGCAGGUUUUCCUGGACAUAACUUUGCGCAGGCUGGUACUUGUCGGUAUGAUAGUUCUCUAGGUCUUUUGACAAAGAAAGCCAUCAAUUUGAUAAAAGAAGCAGAGGAUGGUAUCCUUGAUCUAAAUAAAGCAGCUGACACUUUAGAGGUUGAUGACGAGGGACCUGCAGAUGAAGCAAGAGAGUCGGAAUCAGCUGCCACACAGAUACCUGUGGAUUUACUCAUGGCUGAGAUCCUACCGAGAUUGCCAUUUGAGUCUUUCUUGAAGUUCCGAACAGUAUGCUUUAAAUGGGACUAUUGGAUCAUGUCUAAGGAAGUGAUUUCCCGCCAACUGGAUCGGUCUUCACAAAGAUUUUUGAGAACAGAAGAGCUACUCCAUAUGGUCAAUCCUAUCGAUCAUUCCGUGGCAUCUACGAACAUCCCGGACUUCAUUGAGCAAGGCUAUUUCAUAUCGAGCCUCAUCCAUUGCGAUGGCCUCUUUUUGUGUAACCAUUCAAACAGUAGGACUGCGGAGGAUAGACUUUUCCUGUGGAACCCGUUUAGGAGGCUUUCAAGAUGGAUUCCCGAUCCUGACCCCUCAUGGAAACUUAAAGUUGUUGUCGGCCUUGGGUAUAAAGUGCGUCACUAUUUCCAGAUUGUGAGAAUUUGGCAAACAGUGGGUGAAGACGAGGAGGGGCCACUUGAACUUAGGGCUGAUGUAUAUGAUACUAAAGCUAAGAAUUGGAGAAGACUGAAUGAUGCACCAUUAUGGGAAUUUGAGAUUACCGGAUCACAAGGUUUGUCCAUUAGAGGAAAUAUGUUCUGGGCUGCUUGGACAGAAGAAAUAUUAUCCAUUGUCUCCUUCAACUUCACUGAAGAAGCAUUCAGCAUCGUGUGCCCAUCCUACAGGGUGUAAGCACGAUGUCCUAUCACCAUAUGGGGACAGGCUUUCCCUUAUGCAUCGGCGAUUUCCUGGUAUAGAUAUUUUGGUGACAAACCCACUGUCUUCAGAAAAUGUCCAUUUUGCCCCUUAUCUACAAAUCACAGUAGAUAUACCGCUAGUGGAGGCACAUAUUUCUCAUCCCGUUUUCUACAUCAAAGACCCAGAUUGUGUUUAUCUGAUGUGUAUAGAGGAUGGUGAAGAAGGCAUAGAGGUUGGUGAAGAAGGCAUAAAGGAUGGUGAAGACGAGUAUAGAGUAAAAGGCAGUGUCGUCAUCAACCAGUUGGGCAGGGAGGGAUUGUUGCACCGGAAGCCACUGCUGCACCACCCAACUCAGGAGCCACCCAUGUGUGGAUAUGUCUACCAACCUAGCAUGAUACCUGUCCCUAACCUCCCUCAAGGUGUUGAUUUACUAUAUUGAUAGGUAUCUGGAAAAUACUCUCUCUUUUAUUCUGGAACAUAAUACUUUGAUAUUGCUGGUGUUUUGCUUUGUGGUUCUAAAAGCCUGAGACUCCUUAAUUUUGUUGUACGCUCUCCUGGAAUACAUUUGAUGCUAUUAGUGAGGUAAGAAACAAUUUAGACUCUUGCAGAUCAAUUUUAGGUGGAUUAUUUCGUUUUUCCAUAUGCCAUAUAAAUGACUCAAACAAACAAGCAGCUAACAUUGUGGUAUCUUAAAGGGCUCUCUGCCAUAUUAAUAUACUUCUCAUGGUGAGAUAGGCAGAGAAUAAAAUAAUACUUUGAUACUAUACGAAGCCUUUGGAAAUAUCCCAUGCAUUCGCAUUCCUUUUAACGGGACUGUGUGUUUAUUCUUGCGGAAUAUGUUAGCAUUCUAUUCUCUAUAGCAAACCCAAACUAUCGAAUCAAUCACGUAUACUGCUUUGCUGGUUUAUUACUCAGAUUUGUACUAUGGAUUAAAACUUAAAAAAGAAAGCUUGAGGUCUUGCAAACGCCUGUAGGAAAUGUGUCCCUGUUAGAAAUGUGUCCCUGUAGGAAUAUGUUAGCAUUCUAUUCUCUAUAGCAAACCCAAACUAUCGAAUCAAUCACAUAUACUGCUUUGCUGGUUUAUUACUCUGAUUUGUACUAUGGAUUAAAACUUAAGAAAGAAAGCUUGAGGUCUUGAAAAUCCCUGUAGGAAAUGUGUCCCUGUUAGAAAAUGUCUCAUCAUUUGAUUCUGUAGCAGCUCAGUGAUAAGCUGGUUUUGUAACAAUAACAAGUCAAACGACCAGUACUUUUCCUCUCUGGACUGCAAGAUGAGAUGGUCCCUCCAUUUCACAUGAAAAUUGUAAGCCGAAGCGUCCUACUUGCAUUCCCAUUUUUUUUAUGCUCUCACAUUUUCAUGCAAAAUGGCUUAUGAAUAUUUGAAUAUACUUGUUUGGUUUUUUUUUUCUAUUUUCACCUCUGUCAUCUUGUUUCUCCACAACGCUAUACGAAAGCUCUUACUGAAUCAAUACAGAAGCCAAAACAAAAGAUGGAUAUGUUAACCAGAGUAAAGUCUUUCAUUUUCCAUUUAUCAUCUUUUUUUUUUUCUUUUGAUUUUUAUUUAUGUAUAUGCUGCAGGCUCUGAAGAACAGUAAUUAUAAUGAUGACACACUGUUGCAAGAAUGUGGUGUCCGAAUUGGCUCUGAGUUCCCUCAAGUGGAAGGCCGCGUACUACCAACACCAAAUGUGAUUCUUCUAAUUCAUUUUUGGUUAUGGAAGAUUUGUUGUUAUAAUUUAUUGUCUGGGCUCUGGUUUUUAGAAAAAAAAAAAUAUCCUAAAACAGCUGAAAGUGGGCAAUGGAGAGGACCUUUUGCCUAGAGAUGGGAGUUGGAAUUUCAAUAACAAGAAAGUUUCUGAGCCAGCCACAUUUACUAAAUGGGCUGUUGUGAACUUCUCUGCUCGGUGUGACACGCACAUGAUUGUUCGUGAUUUAAUCUGUAGGUGAAAGGAAUUGACAUGGUUCCUCCAUUAGGUGUCUUUGAAGAAGGUCAUCGGUUUAAGGAUGCACCUGGUUCUGUAAGAGUGGAGAAGAUGUUUGAAGAUAUGAAACCGAAAUUCCGGGACCAGGACUGGGGAAAGCCUCAAUUCCUUCUUUGCAUACUCUCAAAAUGGAAAAAUUCUGAUGUUUAUGUUAACACUAAGCAGUCCUUGGAAAAAAGAAAACUCUUUGUGAAGAUGGAAUUUUGAAUCAGUGUAUUUCUCCUCCGGACAACGUAAUGGAUUAGUAUCUCAACAAAUGUUCUCCUCAAGAUUUUUAUUUUUUUGAAUUGAAUGUUCUCCUCAAGAUUAAUGCUAAGCUUGUUAGCUAUUGAGCAAUCACGAGGGAUCCCUGCGGUAAGGACAGUUCCUAGCAUCAUUAUUGGGAUGGAUGUAUCUCAUGGUUCUCCAGGGCAGUCUGAUGUACAAUCUAUUUCCGCGGUUGUGAGCUCCAGAGAAUGGCCCUUAAUCUCAAAAUACAGGGCUUGUGUGCGUACACAGUCCCCUAAAGUCGAAAUGAUUGAUAAUCUCUAUAACCGCGCCUCUGAUACAGAUGACGAAGGCAUUAUGAGGGAGCUCUUGAAAGAUUUUGAGUCUUGCUCUGGAAGGAAACCCGAUCACAUUAUCAUUUUCAGGGAUGGUGUGAGUGAAUCUCAGUGUAACCAAGUUCUUAAUAUUGAGCUGGAUCAGAUGAUGCAGGUAAGGAUAUAUUUUUGCUUUUAGAACAUUUAAGCUCUUAAGAUUUAGCCUAUGUUGGACACUUAUGGUUUUAAGUAAUUUCGGUUAACAUUAUAAGGCGUGCAAGUUUAAAGAUGAGAAUUGGGAUCCCAAGUU